AUGGCUGAAGCCGACCGCCUUCUGGAGACACAUGGCAUCGGCAAGGCCCAGGCCCCCGCAAACCCCGCUGCGGCAGAUCUCUUCCGAAGCUUCUGCGAGCGCGCGGAGACGGCGCCCAAGGCCCUGGAGGUGGAGAACCGCUUCUUCGCGGGCUACGGGAAGAGUGAGCUGGACUGGUCCCGGCCGGUGCACGGCAUCCUCGGGGACUUCAAGGGGGACAGCAUGCAGAUGAUGGGCAUGCUCCUACAGCGCCUCGAGGCGUGCAAGGAGCAGUACAUCUUCCUGGGGAACCCCCCGCCCUUCAACGGGGGUUGGCACUUCACGGCCCUCGACGAUUUUGAGCACCCGACUCAGAAGGACCUGGACCCCUCCUGGCGAAACAUCCGGAUCUGGCACAAAGUGAACUACGUGGCCUCGCAGACGGAGAAGGGCGAGGUGGCGCUGGUGCCCAAGGAGGAGUUCGAUCCCAAGAACAAGCAUCAGGGUGCCAUCGCCAUCAGCAGCACUUUCAAGCUGGCGACCAUCUUCUUGACAGGCGGCCUCAUGCCCCACACCUUGAACGCCACCCUCCUGGCCGACGGCUCCGACGCCGCCGCCCUGCUGCUGAAGCACCUGGAGCUCAAGACCCGCGUGGCGGCCAUCGGCCACGGCUUGGACGUCCUGCUGGCGCUGGGGGCGCUGAAGGGCUUCGAGGCGGCGCACUUCCCCAACCAGGAGCACCUGCUGCGCAUCAAUGGCCUGCAGCCCUCGGGCAGUCCUGUCUGCGCCUGUGCCCGGGAGGGCCUGGAGCUGGUCACCGCCGGCUUCUGGGGCCAGGCGACCGCCGAGCCCUUCUUCGCCGCCCUGGGCCUCGGUUCCGCCGCCGCCGAGCCGAGAGCCGCGGACGUGGGCAGGGCCGUCCGCGUGCGGAGCGCGGAGACGGCGUUCUGCUGGGACGCGGGGAAGCUCCAGCAGCUGAAGGGGACCUGCAUCACCGGAGACCCUGCUGCGCCCACGGUAGCCGUCCUCGUGGAUGAUGUGGCGGAUCCCAUCGAGGCGUACACCAUGAUCGACCACUUGAUACAACUGAAGUUCAACGCGCACUUGAUCAGCCACAGCCAGGAUGAAAGGAGAGCUCGGAAUCCAUCCGCAGGGUGA